UUUUGUGGAGUGUAGAGACAACAAGACGUGGCCACAGCUCGAAAAUUUAUUAUUUGUACCACUGGCGAAGAACAAAAUGAACACAUUCUAAGAGAUGAAAACUAGGACACGCUUAAAGUCUGAGACGAAAUAAGAUCUUCAAAGUUCCCUCGAGCGACACCUCGACUCCCCAAGAUGGCCGACCUCCCGCCGCCUCCACCGCCUCCGCCCGAAGACUACGACAUGGACGCUCUGCCUCCGCCUCCUCCGCCUCCCGUCGACUAUGACAUGUCCUCCCUCCCGCCUCCGCCGCCUCCGCCUCCGGACGACUUCCAAGCGCCUCUUCCUCCUCCAGACUACGAUCUGGACAAUGCGCCUCCUCCGCCGCCCCCGGAGGUUCUUUACGAGAGCGCGGGGAGCGGAGACCCCAGGGCCUCGCUGGCGGACACGGGGCAGCGGCCCAGGUCGCGCGAGUCCGACACGGCGAGCCUCUCCAGCCGCAGGUCCACGUGGUCCUCGACGAGCCAAAAGAGGGCUACCCCGCGCCCCCCCUCUCGGCAGAGCAUGGUCAGCACACCUUCCGCCGGCGAGCGCAGAGGGUCUGGCGGGGCCGUCCUACAGCGCCAGGUAUCCUCGGCUUCGAUGGCAGCCUACACGCAGCCGUUCAUGCUGACGGAGGAAGCCCAGGGCGCCUCUUCUCUGUACGGCACGAUGAGCAAGGCGGCGAGGAGGGCGGCCAAGACGCAGCAGCAGCCCCAUCACUCUGCUGAGGCGUACGGCACAAUCCGGCGCGGGAACGCGGGCAUGAACCGCUACGACUUACAUCAUCACAAAAGUGGUUCCAGUUCAAGCAGGGACGUGAGGAGUGUUCAGUGGGACGAAGGAAGACUGUCCAGGAGCAGCCUGCACUCGGUCUCCAACGGCUCUCAGAUGACCUUGUCCGGGAGUGACCUCGCGCCGAUUCCUCAGGAGGCGGCGGGCCAGCAGGACUUUCUCACAAGACUCAAGCCGGUGCCCAGGCUUGUGAGCGAAGAGGGCGUCGGGAUGGCUGGUGAGCGCGUGACCAUCACUGAUGCCCUCAGCAAUGUUGACGUCCUUGAUGACCUGCCGCUGCCUGACCAGCAGCCGGUCAUUGAGGCACAGGCAUGUUCGGUUGUCUAUACGGCCAACUUCGACACCAACUUUGAGGACCGUAUGGCCUAUGUGACGGGGGUGGCCAAGUACAUGGAGGAAGCAGCUACCCAUGCAGAAUUGAAUAAAUUACUAGAGGAGGGUGAAAAUCAUGCAGUUAUGCUAUACACUUGGCGGUGCUGUUCUCGUGCCAUCCCCCAGCCCAAGUCAAAUGAGCAGCCGAAUCGUGUGGAAAUAUAUGAGAAAACGGUGAAAGUCCUGUCAGAUGAAGUAAAGAAGUUGACAAAGUUUAUGAAUUUCCAGAGGAAAGCCAUUGAUGUAUUCUGCAACCAAAUCAAGCGACUCUGUCACCAAGAGAAGCGAAAGGACUUUGUGUCUGAGGCCUAUCUCCUCACCCUUGGCAAAUUCAUCAACAUGUUUGCUGUCCUUGACGAAUUGAAGAACAUGAAGUCAAGUGUGAAGAAUGACUACUCAACUUACAGACGAGCUGCGCAGUUCCUCAAGGUGAUGAGUGACACCCAGUCUCUACAGGAGUCACAGAAUCUGUCAAUGUUCCUGGCCACUCAGAACAAGAUCAGGGAUACUCUCAAGGAGAAGCUAACAGCAAUUCCUUCAUAUGAGGAUCUUCUUUGUGACGUUGUCAACAUCUCGGUGCACAUGUUUGAAAACCGCAUGUACUUGACGCCCAAAGAAAAGCAGAUGCUGGUCAAGGUGAUGGGAUUCGGUCUCUUCCUCAUUGACUCAGACAUUUGCAACAUCAAUAAACUUGACCAGAAGAAGAAGAUUAAAUUGGACAAGAUUGAUAAAAUCUUUAAGAACCUAGAGGUUGUUCCACUGUUUGGUGACAUGCAGAUUGCACCUUUCAAUUACAUCAAGAGGAGCAAGAACUUUGAUGCCAAAAUGUGGCCUCUAUGUAGUGCAUCAACCACAAGCCCACAGGCAGACCUGAUGUGUCAUUUACCACGCAUUAGGGAUGAACAUAUCAAGUAUAUCUCAGAGUUAGCAAGAUACAGCAAUGAGGUCAUCACAACAUAUAAGGAAACAGCACGUACGGAUGCAGAGAAUAAAGACAUAGCAGACCUUGCCCUCCGUGGCCUCCAGCUUCUCAGUGAAUGGACAAGUGUUGUCACAGAGCUUUAUUCAUGGAAGCUACUGCACCCUACUGACCACCAUUCCAAUAACCAGUGCCCAGCCGAUGCAGAAGAAUAUGAAAGGGCUACACGAUACAAUUACACUGAUGAAGAAAAGUUUGCCCUUAUCGAAGUCAUUGCAAUGAUUAAAGGCCUGCAAGUUUUAAUGGCCCGCAUGGAGACUGUAUUCCUCGACUCAAUACGACGCAACAUCUACCAGGAGAUGCAAGAUUUCGUGCAGCUCACCCUAAGAGACCCCUUGCGUAAGGCCAUCAAGAACAAGAAGGAACUCUUGAGGACGAUCUUGGUGUCGGUACGUGAGACAAGUGCUGACUGGGUGAAGGGAAUGGAACCCCCAGAUGACCCAGCACUCAAGGGCAAGAAGGAUCCAGACAAUGGGUUUGAGAUCAAGGUGCUAAGAAGAAAUGUUGGCCCUUCCUCAACGCAGUUAUACAUGGUACGCACAAUGCUAGAGUCUUUGAUUUCGGACAAGUCAGGAGGCAAGAAAACCCUGCGGAAGGAACUGGACGGCCAGCACCUCUGCCAGAUUGAUGAAUUCCACAAGACAUCCUUCUUCUGGACAUACUUGUUGAACUUUAGUGAAACACUCCAGUUUUGCUGUGACCUUUCCCAGCUGUGGUACAGGGAGUUCUACUUGGAGAUGACAAUGGGUCGCAGGAUACAGAAGUGCACUGUGGAGCACCAUCACAAUGAGGAAUGCAAAGAUCUGGUGGUGAUGGACAAGCGCAUUCAGUUCCCCAUUGAGAUGUCCAUGCCCUGGAUCCUAACUGACCACAUCCUGCGCACCAAAGAUGCGUCAAUGAUGGAAUGUGUCCUCUACCCUCUUGACCUGUACAACGACAGCGCCUACUAUGCUCUCACACAAUUCCGCAAGCAGUUUCUCUAUGAUGAAAUUGAAGCAGAGGUUAAUCUCUGCUUUGACCAGUUUGUCUUCAAAUUAUCGGAACAGAUCUUUGCCUACUAUAAACAUCUAGCUGGCAGCAUCCUACUCGACAAGAGAUUCAGGAGUGAGUGCAGCCUUCACAACAUGAGAAUCCAUUACCCACCAGCAAAUAGGUAUGACACCUUGCUGAAGCAGCGUCAUGUGCAACUUCUUGGCCGCAGUAUUGACCUCAAUAAGCUCAUCUGUCAGCGUAUAAAUUCAUCCAUGCAUAAGUCCCUUGAAGUGGCCAUUGCUCGGUUUGAAGGGGCAGAUAUCACAUCUGUUGUGGAACUGGAAGGACUCAUUGAGGUAAACAAACUCACACACAAACUCUUGAGUCAAUUACUGGUACUGGACGACUUCGACGCACAACUGAGGGAGGCGAACCACAAUGUCCUUGCUCCCUACGGCAGAACAACGCUCCAUGUUUUCUGGGAACUCAACUAUGAUUUCUUACCCAACUACUGCUACAAUGCAGCCACCAAUCGGUUUGUAAAGGCACCUGUAACAACAUUUGCACAGCCAGUACAGAGAGACAAGCCUCCAAAUGUGGCACCAUACAUGGUCUGGGGUAGCAAGGCUCUUAAUGUAGCUUUCAACACAAUUUACUCACAGUAUUCAGGCUUCCUUGGUCCCCCCCACUUGCGGUCCAUCGUCCGAGUGUUGGGGUACCAGGGUAUUGCAGUGGUGAUGCAGGAGCUCCUUGAGAUCAUCCACUCACUCAUCCAGGGAAACAUCCACCAAUUCACGAAGACAUUGCUGCAGGCUAUGCCCAAGCAGUGCAAGCUUCCCAGAUAUGAUUAUGGAUCCCCAGGUGUACUUGGCUAUUACCAUGCCCAGCUGAAUGAUAUUGUGCAGUAUCCUGAUGCCCGCACAGACCUCUUCCACCACUUCCGAGAAUUGGGCAAUGCUCUUCUUUUCUGCCUGCUGGUAGAGCAAUCACUCACUCAAGAAGAAGUUUGUGAUUUGCUGCAAGCUGCACCGUUCCAGAAUAUUUUGCCGCGCCCCUUCUGCAAAGAGGGUGAGAAGCCAGAGACAAAACAGAAGCGUUUAGAGGCAAAAUAUGCUCCUUUGCAGAUUGUCUCCAAUAUUGAGAGGCUAGGAACAGCAAAGCAAGCCAUGAUUGCACGAGAAGGUGACUUGUUGACAAGAGAGCGCCUUUGCUGUGGCUUGUCAAUCUUCGAGGUUAUUUUGACACGAAUACAGACCUUCUUGGAAGACCCCAUAUGGCAUGGUUCCCCGCCUGCAAAUGGUGUAAUGAAUGUAGAUGAAUGCACAGAGUUCCACCGCCUGUGGUCUGCACUCCAGUUUGUCAUGUGCAUACCAGUAGGAGCUAAUAACUUCACUGUUGAACAGCUCUUCGGUGAGGGGCUCAACUGGGCUGGCUGCUGUAUGAUUGUCCUUCUGGGGCAGCAGAGGAGGUUCGAGGCGCUUGACUUUUGUUACCAUGUCCUUCGGGUGCAAAAGGUGGACGGAAAGGACGAGGCUGUUAAAGGAAUUCAAUUGAAGAGAAUGUGUGAUCGCAUCCGGCGGUUCCAGGUGCUUAACUCUCAAAUCUUCGCUGUUUUAAACAAAUACUUGAAGACGAGUGACCCUGAUAACCUCCCAGUGGAACACGUGCGAUGCUUCCAGCCACCUAUCCACCAGAGCCUGGCUAACCAGACAUACCAACGACCGGACCACUUGCGCUAGGGCCAUAUUGACAUCCAGAAAACUUGUAAUCAGAAUCAGUUCUGCAAGGAAGAGUAGGAGCAUCAUGCAGUAUUGCUCUGCCGUGAGGAUAGACAUCUUACAAGACUGCUGGAGGUUUUAAUAGAGUGGAUGCUUGUCCUUACCCCCACCCCCUCCCCCCCAAAACAGUACUCUACUUUUCCUCUAGAGAUACACGCUAUUGUAUAUAUUAUUUUAAAGAUAUUUGGCUUUUUCAGAAGUUGGAAAUUGUCUGAUUAAGUAAGGAGGGGAAAGUUUGGUGAAGACAUUUCAUUGUCUUAAUGUGCAAACCACCGGGAGAAAGGGGUAAUUGUUGUGCUGUGUUGAACAAUCAUAUAUGGCCAAUAUGUACUGUUUAAUUUGAAAGACAAUAAGGUACAGUGGUUCAUAAAUGAGAUGUAUAUGCAAAACUAUCCUUUAAAAUUUAUUCACAUCUGUAUCUCUAGUCAGGAGACACUGUUAGUUCCUCUGUUGAUUAUGUAACCUCACCUUUUACCCCUUUUCAUUUUGCAAUAAUUAGGUUAAUCUGGACUUUCCAAGUUAGGUUUAUGCCAAGUAGUAAAGCAGAUAUUUUGCUGAUUUUUCUGAGUUGGAUGUUUAUUUUCACAGGAACUAGCCUGAAUAGUUCGGUUCCAGAUGAGGUCACAAUUGGCUGUGCAUUUCAAACUAUUUUAGUUUUUUUCAUAUUAUGUAUACACAAUGUAUUAAAUCCCAAAGUGAAAUGAUAUUCAAAUGGGAAAGAGGUAGAAGGGAGAAAACUAUAUUAAUCAUCUGUUAGAAUAGGUCUACAGUUACCAUACCUAUAGUCCUGGUUACACAAAAUAUCUGCUUUUAAGCCAUGUAGAUAAUCUCAUUCAGAGCUAGUAAAAAUCUCUUUAAUUAGA